AUGGAGAAAGCAAUUAAAAAAUUUCAACAGUUUUUUCGUCUCAAUGUUUCGGGGAUUUUAGACGAGAAAACUUUGUCACUGAUGGUUAAACCCCGGUGCGGCUUCCCUGAUUUGGUUAAUGAAUGUCUCAUCAAACACCGCGGGGUGAAGUUAGUUCGGGACCCUUAUAAAAGUGGUUUGAACUACAAUAUGUAUGGAAAACCUAGGUGGUCGAAACUCCGACUAUCCUGGACUGUAGCACCCGGUACGCGAUCAGACGCUAUUAAUCCAAUUACUUAUGCGCUUUACAGUUGGCAAAAGGUCACCAAGUUCAAUUUUAUAAGAAGUGCUGCUUACAGAAAUACAGAUAUUCAAAUAAGUUUCACUAGUUACCCUAGUGAGGAUUAUGAGCCAUUUCUACAGAUAUCAGAAAUGAUCGCAUACUCAUAUCUUCCCCCUAAAGGAAAGCUCCAUUUCAGGGCAGACAUUCCUUGGUGGAACGGAGCAGGGCGCCAAGCGCCUUGGGAAAGGGACAUUGAAACAGUUGCGGUGCAUGAGAUGGGACACAUACUUGGUCUUAUGCAUAGUAGUGAUCCUUCUGCCGUAAUGUGGCCAUAUGUAAAACGAGGGGUUACCAAAAGGAAUUUACAGCAUGAUGACAUCAACGCAAUUAACGCAUUGUACAACAACUUUCGUUACUAA